AUUUUCCCCAAGUGGGGUAAUAACACAUCAAUUUUUCUUCUUUAAACGUCCAGGUUGGGUCGAUUAAAAUGUCGACAGAGACUUUAAAGAAAGCAAUAGAGCUUGUCCAGAAAGCAACAGAAGAGGAUCAGAAUGGCAACUAUGAAGAAGCCCUGAAGCAUUAUGAACAUGCAUUAGAUUAUUUCUUACAUUCUCUCAAAUAUGAUUGUUUGGGAGAUAAGUCUAAAGGAUCAGUAAGAGAAAAGUGUGCCCAAUACAUGGAAAGAGCCGAGAAACUUAAAAAAUAUAUCGGAGGAAAGAAAGGCAAAAAGCAAAAGAGCACAGAUGGACCUUCUAAACCCAGCAGUGCUAAAAACAGUAAUAAAAAGGCGUCAUCUGGUGACAAAAGCGACAGUGAUUCAGACAAUGAUGAAAAGAAAAAAUUUGCCCAGAGUUUGUCAAGUGCGAUCGUUGUUGAGACACCAAACGUGAAAUGGGAUGACGUGGCAGGUCUAGAAGGUGCAAAGGAGGCGCUUAAAGAGGCUGUGAUCCUACCAAUCAAAUUCCCUCAUCUCUUCACAGGGAAGAGGACACCAUGGAGGGGUAUUCUUUUGUAUGGACCCCCUGGAACUGGUAAAUCAUACCUGGCUAAAGCCGUAGCCACAGAAGCUAACAACUCUACCUUCCUCUCAGUGUCUUCAUCUGAUCUUGUAUCCAAAUGGCUGGGAGAGAGUGAAAAGUUGGUAAAGUCACUGUUUGAAGUUGCUCGUGAGAGGAAACCUAGCAUUGUCUUUAUUGAUGAGGUAGAUUCAUUGUGUGGAUCUCGAAGUGAAAAUGAAUCUGAAUCGGCUAGAAGAAUAAAAACUGAAUUUCUUAUUCAGAUGCAAGGUGUUGGUGUUGACAAUGAUAAAGUUCUUGUCUUGGGUGCAACCAAUAUUCCUUGGAGUCUUGACACAGCUAUCCGAAGAAGAUUUGAGAAGCGGGUUUAUAUCCCUCUCCCCGAGGCACCGGCCAGAACAAAAAUGUUUCAACUUCAUAUAGGAAACACAGCUUGCACUCUAACUGAUGAAGACUACCGAAAACUGGGUCAGAAAAGUGAAGGCUACUCUGGGGCUGAUAUUAGUAUAGUCGUGAGGGAUGCGUUGAUGCAGCCAGUACGAAAGGUUCAAACUGCUACACACUUCAAGAAGGUUAGAGGAAAAUCGCCAAUGGAGCCAUUCGACAUGCAUGAUGAUAUGUUGACGCCAUGUUCCCCAGGAGAUUAUGGAGCAAUAGAAAUGAAUUGGACGUCUGUUCCGUCGGAUAAAUUACUGGAGCCAGUAGUCACGAUGAAUGAUGUACUGAAGUCCCUCGAUACACAAAAGCCCACUGUAAAUGAUCAGGAUCUUAUAAAACUGCAGAAAUUUACAGAAGAUUUUGGUCAGGAGGGAUAGUUAUUACUUUCAUGUAUAGUCAUUCAUUACGUGUUCAUUAGAACGCAAGGAAUAGGACUUGCUGGGGGGGGGGUCAGAAUUUGGUUUUCAAUGGCAGUGCUUCUUUUGUCUCGUAUUGAAUAUUGGAGAUCAUCAAAGUUGUAUCAAAAGAUCAUGAGUGAGAUGCUGCAUGAGAACACAACAUGUGGCAUAUCCGUGAAACAAAUGCAUCUACUGAUGAUAUGCAUGUAUGGCUGUGUUGACUCUGUUAGGCAGUUUUGGCGUGUCUGUUUUACAUAGGCCUACUACACGUAAGACAGGCCUUUUGUAAAGGCACCUCUCAGCUGGCUAUAUAGUGUGGACACAGUACAUGUAUCUUUGAAGGCCUACGCCAUCAGUUCAAAAUCUUAAAUUGAAGCGAAGGAAAUCAAGGAAAUUUCAUCUGUUGUGAUUUAUCUUGUCAGUGUCUUGCAGAUAAACUGUAUUGCGAACUAUUCUAAAUGCGUGCUAUGUAAUCUUUAAAGCUUCAUUAAAACCUAGGUAUCGUCUUUUUCUGGAAGAGUUCUGUAGUAUGUGUGCAUUAUCGUCCUCAUGCAUCAGACAUCAUUGAGGAGGUACAGUAGGUUACAAUGGGCAAAGAUGGACGUGAUGGGUGAAUAAAAAUUAAAUGAUGCUUUAGAACAUUUUUUUUGGCAUUUUGUCUCAAAAAUAGCAUCACUUUAGUUGGUGUACAUCCUUUACAUGUACAAACGAUCUUAAUCAGUACUGCUUUUUCCCGACCAUCAAGAAAACAUGUUUGCGCUAUGAAAUGACAAAAGGUUUGCCAGGUAAUUCAGUAAAAAUGCUCUUUUGUAAUUUCAUUUCAUCUUGCAAAGUUGAAUACUGAAUGCUAUUGAUGCGGGAGGGGAGGGGACACUUUAUUGCCUGUGCAGAACCAGCCUAUGUACAUGUAUGGUUUAUCGGGACAGUACUUAAAAAUGAGGUGUAUCAUACAAGUUCGGAGCAAAACUACUGAAGUCACCUAAAUCAUCUUAAAAACCCAGAUCACAGUGGUGAAAAAAACAACUUAAUGUUUACCAGGAUAAUAGAAAUAAUGUAAAUAUGGUCGGAAUUUGUUAUUAUUAGUUAUUGUGUGGAUGAGAUGUGACAUUUAGGUAGCCAUUGUAUGGAGAAACAUCAGUAAAAUAAUCGACCAGGUCCUAAGGAUGGAGCUGCAUCCAAAGCAUAUUACAUGUAUAUUAGAUUGAUCUAUAACACUGCGCUACUUUUAUACUAUGUUGUCUUCACAAAAAAAUUAUGUGCACUUCAUAUCUUUAUCCAGCAUACUUAGAAUGUUACUGUUGAGCAUCACAGGUGACCAUUUCUGCUUUGUAGGGUAUUAAUGUCAACAAUUGCUGAAUUUGGUUUGUGUCAGUCAUGAGGAAAAGAGUCAUAGGUAAUAAUGCUUUGUAAAAGGGUAAUCUUGACCAGUAAAAUUGUCUGUGUUAAAAACAGUCCCCACAUGCAUUUACUCAUCUACUCUUAUGCAAUGAGGUUGCCCAUGUGUCCAACAUUGAAAAAGGAGUAAUGACGGAAGGCUCCUAAGGUCUGUCCAAAUAUCAUUCUUAAUGGGUGGAACUGAAGCCUUGUGCCUGCAAUAGUCAAAUCGUUGGCUCUUUUUCUGUUGUUGUUUAGUUGGAGGUGAUCCUCAGUCUGGCGAUAGUUCAGUCUGUGCAUUGUGUGCUGCAUUUGUUUGUCAAAACUGUUUCAAGACCAGCACUGCAAAUGUUCUUAUCCUUCAAUGCCAAUAUCUUUUGGUGAAUAAUACAAUAUGAUAAUUAUCUGUACAUAAAGUUGUAUUGUGUGUAAUUGUGUAAAUCAAGUCUCAAGACGGUUACAUCAGAGACUACAUUCUGUUGCUGUACUUUUCUGCCCUCCCUCAUGUACUGACCACUGAGGAUUAAAACAUUUUGUAUUUAUUGUAAAGUUAACAGUGUAACAGAAAUCCUUGUCCCCAGGAAUUUUCAUUCUUCCCCAGGUUCACUUAUAAUAUUACAAAACAUACAGAUUUAUCUUUGGCGCCUUUUCAGUCGGUGUAAACACUUUGCUAUGAAUAUCAAAGACCUUGGAACUUUUGAUUCUAAUUUUAAAGGCAGAAACUUCAAGAUACUUUCUCCAGGGGACAGGAUUUUUACACUGGCUUUAAUACCCAUUUCAGGACUCAUACAUGUAACUAAGACAGUGUGAAUAGCCACUAUAUUUGUACCAAAAAGUUUAUUUGGCACUUUUAACUGUUCUUAACUUCUGAUGCUGUUGCUUGCACUGGACCUAAACAGAAGGCCUGCAUGUAUGUUGUUUCUGUUGGUAUGUAUUGGCUGUAAGAAGGAAAUAAUCGACUCAUGUUCAGCGAAGAUCACUGUGUAUUGGUGUGAUAUUGAAAAUGUGUUCUAAUGCACAUGCACAGUUGACCGACUGCAGUAGAUCCUCCUUAACAUUUUGUAAAUAUGAUGAAUAAAAUACACUCUUAUGGCAAA